AUGGAGGUUCUCACUCUGAUAUUGCAAAAACAGGUGUUGAUUUCUAAUGAUUUCAGCUUCCAUAGCAAGUGUGAAAAGCAACGAAUCAUUAACCUAUGUUUUGCAGAUGAUCUAUUUCUCUUUGCUAGAGGAGAUAAUAGAUCAGCUAAAACUAUAAUGGAAGCCUUGAAUAUGUUUAAGAAUAUGUUGGGGCUAGUCUCGAGCAUGGUGAAAAGUACAGUCUUCUUUAGUAAUGUUACGGAAGAGGUGAAACAAUGUAUUCUUGACAUAAUGCCAUUUGAGGAGGGGAGUCUUCCAGUUCGCUAUCUUGGAGUGCCUCUUCUAUCUACUCGGCUUCAGUAUAAAGAUUGCAAGCAGCUUGUUAAAAGAAUGAAGUCGAGGAUUACUGACUGGAAAACUAAGUGUUUGUCUUUUGCAGAAGACAGGAUGAAACAUUUUUUGUGGGCCCAAGGAGAUAGCAUCAAAGGGAAAGCUAAGGUAUGGAAAUCAGUUUGUCGUCCGAAAUGUGAAGGAGGCCUGGGAAUUCGAAGAGUGGGGGAUAUGAAUAAUGCGUUGAUGACUGUUCAUGUAUGGAGUGUGCUUACUCAUAGAGAAUCGUUAUGGGUAAAGUGGAUUCACUCUUACCGCCUUCGGAAUAGAUCCUUUUGGGAAAUACCAUUACGAGGUAAUAUGACAUGGAGUUGGAGGAAAAUGCUCAAUCUGCGACCGAUUAUUCGGAACCACAUUUGGACCGAGGUGGGCGAUGGGGCUGAUACGUCGGCCUGGGGAAUGGAGGUGUCGAGUGCUUGGGUUAAUCGGUUUCCAGUGUUAGCUAAUAUUCGUCAUAUAGUUUUGGAUGCAGCGCAACGUGAUAAGCUUAUAUGGAAAUCUAGCUCGGGAAGCCAAGUUGAAUUUAGCACAUCAGUGGUUUGGGAUGAUGUUCGUACCGGCCAGAAUAUGGUGCAAUGGGCUAAUAUUUGGAAUGGAGUUAAAGACUUAGCUGGUAUGGAAUCCAUGUGUAACAAGUGGGAUAGUAUCUACGAGCAUUUGGUGCGGGUAGGUAGCUCCAAGAAUGCGAGGCAUGUUAUUGGAAAACUUGUUGUGGGUGCGACGGCAUACUACGUAUGGCAAGAAAGAAACACGCGAUUGUUUUCAAUAAAAAAAAGGAGUGCAACUCGCCUUGUAGAGAUAUUCCUCGCUACAGUCAGGAUGAAACUUCACACUAUGCGGUUUAAGAGAACGAGUCAAGUGGAGAGGAUGUUACAAGACUGGAGCUUUCCGCGAGGGCUUGUUAUUGAAGACGAUGAUUGUGGUUAA